AUGCAUACCGGCGAGAGGCUGAGCCACGCCGUGGGCUGUGCCUUUGCGGCCUGCCUAGAGCGGAAACAGCGGCGGGAGAAGGAAUGCGGGGUCACGGCCGCCUUCGACGCCAGCCGCACCAGCUUCGCCCGCGAGGGCUCCUUCCGCCUGUCCGGCGGCGGGCGGCCCACUGAGCGAGAGGCCCCCGAGAAAAAGAAAGCAGAGGCAGCAGCUGCCCCAACUGCGGCGCCCGGCCCUGCCCAGCCUGGGCACGUGUCCCCGACACCGGCCACCACAUCCCCCGGUGAGAAGGGUGAGGCGGGCACCCCAGUGGCUGCAGGCACCAGUGCGGCCGCCAUCCCCCGACGCCACGCCCCCCUGGAACAGCUGGUUCGCCAGGGCUCCUUCCGUGGGUUCCCGGCACUCAGCCAGAAGAACUCACCUUUCAAACGGCAGCUGAGCCUACGGCUGAAUGAGCUGCCAUCCACACUGCAGCGCCGCACUGACUUCCAGGUGAAGGGCACAGUGCCCGAGAUGGAGCCUCCCGGGGGCAGUGACAGUGAUAGCAUCAAUGCUCUGUGCACACAGAUCAGCUCAUCCUUCGCCAGCACCGGAGCUCCAGCACCCGGGCCACCGCCGGCCUCAGCAGGAACUUCUGCCUGGGGUGAGUCCUCCGUGCCCCCUGCAGCGGCCUUCCAGCCCGGGCAUAAGCGGACCCCUUCGGAGGCCGAGAGGUGGCUAGAGGAGGUGUCCCAGGUGGCCAAGGCGCAGCAGCAGCAAGCGGCCUCCGUGCCCCCCAUGGCCCCCGCCCUGCAGCCCUUCCCCGCCCCCGUGGGGCCCUUCGAUGCCGCGCCCGCCCAGGUGGCCGUGUUCCUGCCACCCGCACACAUGCAGCCCCCUUUUGUGCCCGCUUACCCGGGCUUGGGCUACCCGCCCAUGCCCCGGGUGCCCGUGGUGGGCAUCACACCCUCACAGAUGGUGGCCAACGCCUUCUGCUCAGCCGCCCAGCUCCAGCCCCAGCCCGCCACCCUGCUCGGGAAAGCCGGAGCCUUCCCGCCCCCGGCCAUGCCCACUGCCCCCGGGGGCCAGGCCCGCCCACGCCCCAAUGGGGCACCCUGGCCCCCGGAGCCGGCCCCUGCCCCGGCCCCUGAGUUGGACCCCUUUGAGGCCCAGUGGGCAGCAUUAGAAGGCAAACCAGCUGUAGAGAAGCCUUCCAACCCCUUCUCGGGCGACCUGCAGAAGACCUUCGAGAUUGAACUGUAGCCCGCGCCGCCCUGCCCGCCCCAGCAUCUCUGGGUGCCCCACACAUGGGCGUGGAGGCCCAACCUCUCCCUAGUCCCGGCCCCUGGGGCUGCGCCCCCCCCAACACCCCCUCUAGCCCCUUCUCUUGAUCACCCCCCACAACCACUACAGAACCGACGUUGUACGCCCAGAUUGCGACAGGAUGGAAUUCAGGGAUGGACCCGGCCUGCCUACGGGACCCAUUUCACUGCCAGACUUAAGCUGGCAAUGCCCUUCCCCCCACCCCCCACCCCCACCCCAGACACAAUGGGAUGGCCACAGUCCCACUGAGUGCCCUCGGUUCAAGCGACACAUCCCAGUUUCUGUUGUUGACCUUCCACCUUCCAGUGUUGGGUGGGAUGGAAAAGGGAUGCCCACUUUGGGACUCCUCUGGGCCCCACACGAGGGCCCACCCCAAGUCUGGUCAUCCCCUCCCAUACACAGCACAAGCAAAGGGCUUCCCUCUGCCCACCUGCUGCGUUCACUGCCAAUGCUGUGCUCACCCCUAUCACCCCUCUCCCCCACUUGGGGGGGGGCCACAUCUUCCUUGGGCCAAGGUCUCAUGGGGGCGGGGGCCAAGUUGGGGGCCCAGGAGGCGGGGUAGGAGGAAGGGGAAGGAGAUGCUCAGUUACCUCACGUCAGUGCCCGCUGGGGAGGGGUCCGGGACGAAUGGGGGGGUGCCUGGCGGGUACUUUUCUAUCUUUUAUUUCCAGAUUUUUUUGUAUCUAAACUUACAGAUUUGUAUUAUACAAGGACAGCCAAUAAAGGAAGAAUAUAAUGAUGGC